GACAUUUCGGAUGUUCGACAUUUGAAAGCUUCACUGUGCAAACUGCACGGCUUCCCGACGUGCAUGCAACAGCUCCUGCACAAUGGCAACAGCUUGGAGAAUUCCUUUGAGCUGGACGCCCUCAUGAACUUGCAGUUAAUCCUGGUAACCCCUUCCAACGAGGCUCAGCAGCUUAAGGCUGCAGGAGAGCUUCUCGACUCUUGCGCUCGAGGCAACCUGCAGAUCGCGCGACUGCUUCUGGAGGCUGGUGCCAACAAGAAUGCUAAGGAUGACCUGCUCAGGACAGCCCUCAUGCUCACCGCUGAGAGAGGCCAUGUGGAGAUCGUACGGCUGCUUCUGCAAGCUGGUGCUGACAAAGACAUGCAGGAUUGCCUCGGCGAAACAGCCCUAACGCUUGCAGCUCAGAAUGGCCAUGUGGAGAUCGCACGGCUGCUGCUGCAAGCUGGUGCCGACAAGGACCUGCAGCGUCACGUCGGCUGCACAGCCCUAAUGAUUGCAGCUUACUACGGCCAUACGGAGAUCGUACGGCUGCUUCUGCAAGCUGGUGCUGACACUGCAGCGUUACGACGGCUACACAGCCCUAUUGCUUGCAGCUGA